UAAAUAGGAUACAUGACAUUGAAUGACUUGAUUGGAGAAGGUAAAUGGCUUUUGCCUUAAACGUUAUUUUAUUUCGUUUUCUUUUUUUUUCGUUUGCUCUGACUUAUUUGCUGCAGCGAUCUGACGUCAAAAUAGGGGAGUAAUCAUAUCGUCAGAUAGAUGAAGAUGAGUAAAUGAUGACAGAAUAUUUCUUUUUGGUGUUGUGAUGCUUUGAAAUGGCUGGUCGUAUUCCUCUGUUUUUGCUGGCCUGUGGCUCCUUCAACCCCAUUACCCAUCAGCACAUGCGGCUGUUUGAGCUGGCCAGGGACCAGAUGCACCAGACGGGUCUGUAUCGUGUGGUGGGUGGGAUUGUGUCUCCUGUCAGUGAUGGUUAUGGUAAACAGGGUCUCGUAGCAUCAAAGCACAGACUCACUAUGGCAAGACUGGCCCUGCAUAGCUCUGACUGGGUUACCGUUGACGACUGGGAGAGCCAGCAGUCUGAUUGGACGGAGACUGUGGAGACAAUGAGGUACCACUACGGACGGAUAACCGCUCAGUACCAGCAAAGAACAGGAUUGCCCAAGGACCCGCCCACAGAGAACUCUGGCGAACCCCUGUUGAAACUGCUAUGUGGAGCAGAUUUCAUGGAGACUUUUAAGGUGUCUGGUCUGUGGAGGGACGAUCACAUCGAGGAAGUGGUGGGCCGCUUUGGACUGGUCUGCGUGAGCCGAGGAACCCUGCAGCCGGAUCGGACUGUACACGAGUCUGACGUGCUGUCCAGACACAGACGGAACAUAUUUUUGGUUCGGGAGUGGGCCCAGAAUGAGAUCAGCGCUACGGAGGUCCGACGAGCCCUGCGUCGAGGAUAUAGUGUUAAAUACCUUUUACCAGACUCGGUUAUUGAUUAUAUAAAAGAGAACAAUCUAUACACGCAGGACAGCGAGAUGAAGAACAAAGAGAUUCAACUACGGCCACUUACCAAGCAAACAAUACUAUAAUACUGACGUAAAGAGACUCCAGCAUGAUCUCAUAUUUGAUUUAUUUACAUAUUGGAUUGAGAAAGCAGGUUGUUUCAGGAAAAGUGCAUGUUUUGCUGUGAUUAGAGCAUUUCUUUCUUGGGUACCACAGUAAUGUUUGCAGGGGGAUUUAAGAAUUGAUCUGGUCAGGAUAUGGAAUUGACAGAACAUUGCAGAGCUGUAAGUCUAUGUUCUCCAGGUCUGGGAAAUGUUGACUUUUGCUGAAUGUCACAAGGAAGAUAAAUAACUGAGCCUUUACACUUCGAAGAGCAAACAUUGCUUUCUCCUUUUCUAUUUGCGCAGAAGGCGUCAUUCAUGUUGUCAGAACUCAAGAUGUUUCAUCAAGCUGUUUUGAGAGGGAUGAAAAGUUUUUGACAAAAUGAAAUGAAUUUUGGAAUAUUUGUGGUGAUGUCUUCUGAAUCUAUUUGUCUAUUAUUCAUAGCACAGAAUGCGAGUUUUAGGCUCAAAACAACUAAGAGUGAUUUGCAGCGUUGAAAAUCUCCUGCUGGUGCUUUUGUGUGUGGAGUUUGAAGAAUGUCUUUAUCCUCACUCUCUCCAAAUAAAAGCUUGAAGGAUUGGCAGCGUGAA